CUAGCCAUUCCUAUCGACACUUUAUGCACAUUUCACCAGCACACUAUAAGCACCUAUGCGCCCAUCACUACGGCUCUUAGCCAAUCAAACCGGUUCUAAGCCGUCUGCUGGAGCUGCUGGUCGUCUUCGCAACAAACCUCCUCCCCUGAGUUUGGACCAAUUCAUCCAACGACAGCGGGUUUUGACACUAUGGCGCGACAUUGUUCGCAGUUUAUACAAAAUUCCCGCAAAUAGGCGUGGCGAGCCUAUCACAUAUGCAAGGACCGAGUUUGAGAGAAAUCGACAUGUCCAGGAUAUCCAGCAGAUUCGUUAUUUGAUUUCUACCGGCAAAACCGAGUUCGAGGCCAUGAGGAGAUAUAUCGACGAACUGGCAACUUGAAAACGCUAAAUUCAUUCAUGGCCCUAACAACUAUGUGGAGUGGCAACCCUGUUGGACCAUCUAGGGUUAUCCCUUUGACCCUCGAGUGAGUUGAGCACGUCCAUGGGGUUGAUCCCAAGACAUAAAACGUGAAUCGACGAUUCUCGAAAGGUCACAAGUGCGUCUACGAAUGUAUUUGCAUAUUCGACUUGGCCAAAGUACUACAAUUGCUUUCAACAAAAGAUACAUCUGUACUUUACUGCUGGUCCUCGAUACACUUUGACAUUGCUACUGGCAGCUUAAAGCUCUCUCUGGAUAGUCGUCGUCAACUGGGACAUCACCGCAACAUCAAGCUUGACCUUUCACCAUUUUGUGGCAGUACUGUCCACUCUCAAUCUUACGCACAACAAUACGAGACCCUGCACGAUGAGACGAGCAUCACUCGCUCAAGUACCUAAUCCUACGCCGUCUUGUGCACCACACCCAUCAAACCUUCUCAUAACACUCAAAUAUCAGAUCACAUUUUCCUCCUUUAGGGAUAACCAGAAAGUGAUCCUUCAUCGACAUGCUCUCUUCGGUCGUUGUCGACGGCGACUUGACACGGAACCUGCGCAGUAAUGUGGCCGUAAUCAUUUUCAACUCCAUCAUUGCCAGGUUCUUUCCCAGACAGGCACGCGGUCCCGUGGAGAAGGGCAUGAAGAGCACUUUCAUCUCGUUAGACAUUUCCCCAAGUUCCAUCCACCGCUCAGGAAGAUAUGCAUCGGGGUUUGGGAAGACGACUGGGUCACGUUGCGUCGUAUAACACUGCGCCGACACGACGGUCUACCAGAAGAGAAAUUAUUAGCUGGAAAUCGACAGGCAAGGACAUCUCCCACCUUUUCCGGUAUCAGAACUCCAUUCAGCACUCGUCCUCCCUGUGGUGUCUCCCGAACCAAGCUUGCUGGAGCUGCCGGGUGUAGUCGUAGCGCUUCUGCGAUCACUGCCUCUAGAAUAGGCAAGUCCUUGACUUGGUUGUACGAAGGUAUGCCAUUGACCCACUCUGACUGUGCCGAAAGCUCCUUGUGCAGUCUCAAUUGCCACUCUGGCCGCCGGGUGAGCUCCCAGAAAAGGUAUGUCAGGGUUGUGCUGGUCGUAUCUGGUCCCGUAUUAGCGACAUGUCGACCUUGUUCAAUCUGCCGAUGGCGUCAUAUACCUGUUCCUGCAAACACCAAAUUCCCAAUCUCCGAGUACACUUGAAAAUCUGUCAAGGUCUCAUCACGACCCUUGGGACUGAGGAUCUUGGUCAGAAGAUCUUUCCGUCCAGAGUCUCGGCCGUGCUGUGCGACAUACGUUUCAAACGCGGUUUUGCCAUACUGUCACCAGUCAGGGCUCCAUCGCCAAGAUUGAGAUAGUUACAUGAGUUGGGCUCACCUGUCUAAGCCUAUCUGUUGAUUUAAGAAAGUGCUUCACUGCCGGCAAAGGGAGCCAUCGAACAACCUGGUAAAUAGGCCAAAAAUUCGAUUUGAU